UAAAAUCAAGUUACUGAGUUUGCUCCUGUUUCAGUGUGCCAGGCAGCACAUUUCUUCCUUUGUUCCCAGAAUCUGGACAUAGAGUUAACAUCUAGGAAGCAUGGCUUUUGUGGCACCACCAGGCUACCAGCCUAUUUAUAAUCCAACCAUCCCAUACAUAGGUCCAAUCUGGGGUGGUCUCAGGCCAGGAAUGUCACUGUACAUCCAGGGAAAGAUUCAUCAUCAUAUUAGCAGGUUUCAUGUGAAUCUGAAAUGUGGUGAAUUUGAUGGAUCCGAUAUUGCUUUGCACAUAAACCCUCGUUUUUGGGACAAGGUGGUCUUCAACACUUUCCAGAAUGGCAUAUGGGAAGGAGAGGAGAAAGUCCAUCACAUGCCAUUCCACAAGGGAGAGCAUUUCGAGAUGGUUAUUGUUGUCAGCAUGGAGGGCUAUCAGGUGAAUGUGAAUGGCCGAGAGUUCUACCUCUUUCAGCACAGAAUACCUCUGGAACGGGUGUGUGCCUUGGAUAUUGGGGGAGAUAUGUCCAUUGAUAGUAUCAACAUCAUCGGUGGCAUGCAGGGCAUGGCGGGAGGUUAUCCUGGAGGUGUAGUUGAUGGAGGUUAUCCAGGAUCUGGAUUUCAGGGGGGAAACAUGGGAUUUCAAGGAGGAAAUCUGCCAGUAAUGGGAAUGCAGCCUAUCUUCAACCCUGCAAUUCCCUACUCCGAUAUGAUCCCUGGUGGAAUGGUAUCUGAAAGGACCAUUAUCAUUAGAGGCAUGGUGCCAUACGGAGCUAGCAGAUUUUGCAUUAAUUUGUUAGUUGGAGCCUCACGAGACAUAGCCUUUCAGCUCAACCCUCGCAUUACAGAAGGGGUGAUAGUUCGUAACAGCUAUAUUGGUGGCUUCUGGGGUGAAGAAGAAAUAGAUAUCAACUUCAACCCCUUCAUGGAGGGGCAGUACUUUGAGAUCUCCAUUCGCUGUGGUGAAGACAAGUUUAAGGUGUAUGUCAAUGGGCAGCACAUGUGUAAUUUCUACCACCGUUUCCAGGCUUACAAUCAGAUUGAUAUGAUGGAGGUACAAGGAGACAUCCAGCUCUCAUACAUUCACUAUUGAGUCAGCCUUCUCAUCCCCGCUGUUCCUGCAUUAGCUUUUAGCUAAGCUAUUGUAAUGAACAUCAAUGAAAUCUGUUUUAUUAUGCACAGUUUAUUAAAUAAUGCAUCCUUAACAUGUGGCAUGUUCCGAUUAGCUACAUUAUAUUUGACAUCAUUUGACAAACAUGAUGCAGUGGAUUUUUAGUUAUGUAAAAAACAUUAUGUACUAAUUAUGAGCCCCUGCAUAUAUAAUAUUGUAGCUAUCAUACCCAUUAAACACAAGCUAUUUUUGCUAUGCCUAACCAAUAAAGAAGAAUGACCACAGUCUUUCCUAGUACUAGCUGUUUUAUAUACAA